GCUCGCUGCACGCGGCGAGGCCCCGGCGGGCGGCGCGGCGGCGGCAGCCACGGCCCCGGGCGACAUGUACUUGUUGGACGGCAGCGGCGAGCCCGCGUCGCCGCCCGCGGACGCGAUGCCCCGCGGGACGCCCCCCAGAAAGACCGUCUACCGCAUCUCCGUGACCAUGGUUAGGAAGGAGGAGCUGGCCGCCUCGGGCCCCGGCGGCCCCGACCCGCGCCCGGCUCGGCGGCCUCGGCCCGCGCUCUCCCCGGACGCGUCCGGGAGGCUCGAGGAGGAGGCCGAGGAGGCGGCGGGCGCUGAGGACCCGGAGGAUCGCCGGUCGCGCGCCUGGGACUUCCGCACCUUCCGCACCCGCAGCACCGGGCAGCUGGAGCUGGGGCGGCUCCGGGGUUGCGCACGCGGCUCGGAUCGCGCCGACCUGGCCGGUGGCUCCCCGGCCGGGGAGGAGGGUCGCAGCUCGCCGGCGCCCGGCAGCCACGACGCAGAGGGAGCCCGGGCCGCGACCCUGCGGCGGAGCCUCAGCUUCAGACACUGGAGCGCGCCCGAGGAGUCGCCAGGCCGGGCUCUGGGCGGCGGGAGGCACCACAGCAGCACCGGGAGCCUGGCUUGGGCGCCGGACGAUGAGGCCGCGGCCUGCCCCGGGGCUGCCCUGGAGCCGGCGGCCGCCGCGCAGCCCGCCUCAGAGAAGCGCAACACCCUGGACGUGGGCGAGGCUUUUUCGGCGGCAUCUUCGCGCGGCGCGACGGCGUGGCCGGCGCAGGGCCUCCCCCAGCGGAGCGGCACCUUGCGGUCCCGCGGUUACUUUAGCCUGCGAAGGGCCCCGGCCGACGCGCACUCGUCCAGCGCCGAGAGCAUCGACGGGUCCCCGCGCAGAGAUGCCUUUGUGAACAGCCAGGAAUGGACGUUGAGUCGGUCUGUCCCGGAGCUCGAAGUGGGAAUUGUGGGUAAUUUGGCCAGCGGCAAGUCUGCCCUGGUGCAUCGGUACCUGACAGGCACCUACGUCCAGGAGGAGUCUCCCGGAGGUGGCAGGUUCAAGAAAGCGAUUGUUGUGGAUGGACAGAGCUCUCUGCUGCUGAUUAGAGAUGAAGGGGGCCCCCCGGAGGCGCGGUUUGCGAUGUGGGUGGACGCUGUUAUAUUUGUCUUCAGCUUGGAGGAUGAAAUAAGUUGCCAGACUGUUUACCACUACUACAGCCGAAUGACCAACUAUCGAAACACGAGCGACAUUCCUUUAGUUCUGGUGGGAACCCAGGAUGCCAUAAGUUCCACUAACCCGAGGGUCAUUGACGAUGCCAGGGCAAGGAAGCUCUCCAACGACCUGAAGCGGUGCACCUACUACGAGACGUGUGCCACAUACGGGCUAAACGUGGAGCGAGUCUUUCAGGACGUUGCCCAGAAGAUUGUUGCCACAAGGAAGAAGCAGCAGCUGUCUAUUGGACCCUGCAAGUCAGUACCCAAUUCUCCAAGCCAUUCCUCUGUCUGCUCCGCACAGGUGUCUGCUGUGCACAUAAGCCAGACAAAAGGAGGAGGGAGUUUAAGCGACUACUCGUCCUCUGUUCCAUCAACUCCCAACACCAGCCAGAAGGAACUUCGGAUUGAUGUUCCACCCACUGCCAACACGCCGACACCCGUUCGUAAGCAGUCCAAGCGCCGGUCCAACCUCUUCACCUCUCGGAAAGGGAGCGACCCAGACAAAGAGAAGAAAGGCCUGGAGAGUCGGGCGGACAGCAUCGGGAGUGGCCGAGCCCUCCCAAUUAAACAGGGCAUGCUGUUGAAUCGAAGUGGCAAGUCACUGAACAAAGAGUGGAAAAAGAAAUACGUCACCCUGUGUGACAAUGGCGUGCUGACCUAUCAUCCAAGUUUACAUGCAUAUGAAUAUCAAUGA